CACAAUUUUCUUCCUCCUCUCCCUUCCCAGAAAUUUCAUCCCUUCCUCUCUCUCCCUCUCUAUCUAUACCGUCCCAAACCCUCCACCUAUCACAACCCCUAUUUGAAUAGCCACCAGAGAGACAAGCUAUAUAAGUCUCUGCAACUACUUCAACCCAUCAAGAAUACCAAGAAUCCAAAUGGGCUGAGAUUUGAGAGAGAAUGAGAAGAACCACCGACGACAACCACCACAAGAAACCCACUACACCCAAAACCAAGUCAUGAGACCGAUUCAACCCCCACCGCCCACAACCACCACAAAUCGUUCUCGCCGGAGACCAGACCUAACCCUCCCUCUCCCCCAACGCGACCCUUCCUUCGCCGUCCCUCUCCCUCUCCCUCCCGUUGCCACCAGCAUGACCACCACGACUACCAUCACCAACACCUCCACUACCUCCUCCUCCGCCACCUACCCACCACCAGCCCCCUUGAGUUUCAACGAACUCGAACGACUCAACCGCGUCGGAAGCGGCAGCGGUGGAACUGUCUACAGAGUCCGUCACAAACCUACCGGCCGUCUCUACGCCCUCAAAGUCAUCUACGGAAACCAUGAAGACUCUGUUCGCCGCCAGAUCUGCCGCGAGAUCGAGAUCCUUCGCACCGUUGACAACCCUAACGUCGUCAAGUGCCACGGAAUGUUCGAUUACGGCGGUGAAAUCCAAGUCCUCCUCGAAUACAUGGACGGUGGAUCUCUUGAACAAAAACACAUCGCGAAUGAACCAAUCCUCGCCUCUGUGGCUUACCAGAUCCUCUGUGGCCUCGCUUACCUCCACCGGCGCAGGAUCGUUCAUCGAGACAUCAAACCCUCGAAUCUCCUGAUAAACACAAGAAAUCAAGUCAAGAUCGCAGAUUUUGGGGUUGGUCGGAUUCUUGACCAAACCAUGGAUCCAUGUAAUUCAGCGGUUGGGACGAUUGCUUAUAUGAGCCCUGAAAGAAUCAACACAGAUUUAAACCACGGUGUUUAUGAUGGAUACGCCGGAGAUAUUUGGAGUCUUGGGGUCAGCAUCUUGGAGUUCUACUUGGGUAGGUUUCCGUUUAACGUGGGUCGCCAAGGAGAUUGGGCGAGCUUGAUGUGUGCGAUUUGUAUAUCGCAUCCACCGGAGGCACCGGUUACGGCUUCAAGAGAGUUCAGAGAUUUUAUUUCUUGUUGUUUGCAGAGAGAGCCAGGGAGGAGAUGGACUGCUGCGCAAUUGCUGUUUCAUCCGUUUAUUACUCAGAACAAUCAUGGAAUCAACAACAACAAUAACAACAACAACGGCGGUAUUGGUCUUAGCAGCAGCCAGAAUCAGGUUCGUCAGCAUCAACUUCUACCCCCUCUUCAACAUCAACACUCGUCUUCUUCUUCCCCUUCCUCUUCCAAUGGCUGAUUUUUUUAAUCGAAUUUGUAGAAUUUUGUGACAUGGGUUGAAACUGCUUCAAUUUUAGUAGAAAUGGAGGGAUGGGUCAGCUCCAAUUGCAAUUUUUAAUCAAUCAGUUGGCCCAAUUCUUGCUUUUUGUUCCUCAGUCAGUGAUUAGAGAGAUUAGAUGUGGUAUCAAGGUUUUCUUUUCUUCAGUCUUUUUUUUUUUUUUCUUGAAGUCCUCUUGGAUAUUUGGUCAAUUGAGGUGACUGGCUGGAUUCAUACUGAAGCCCGUAAAUCAUGGGGCAACUUGGCUUUGUAAUUUUUAGGCUUCAAUCUUGGUAUCUUUGGUGGAGAAACAUGAAAAGUGAAGGAAAAUUUGUAACUUUUCUUCCA